AGCUCAUCUGAGCUACAACUUCUGGGGCGUUCGGUUCCAUUUCCGCACUGGAAACAGUAGGUGAGCGAUAUUCUGCUGACGAAGAUAUGGGUGGAUCUAAGAAGAGCAGCAAGGCGCCACAGGCUUCGGCAGCAACAGGAAAGCCUGCAGAUGCCAAGGACAAGACGCGCCACACCUGCCUCCACUCACAGCUUCACAAGACGAAGUUCUGCUUGUACCACUUGAAGGGUACUUGUCAGUUCGGCGUCCAGUGCUCCUUCGCUCACUCCUGCGCCGAGCUUCAGGCGACUCCAGAUCUGCGGAAGACACGACUUUGCGUCAAUUUUUUUGAGGGUGGUGGAUGCACAGAUGCCGAUUGCACCUUUGCCCACAGUGAAGAUGACCUACGUUCCACGGACAUGUUCUACAAGAAGACCCUGUGCAUUUGGAAUGAGAAGGGCAAGUGCCGAAACGGCGAUCAGUGUCGAUUUGCCCACGGCGUGGGGGAACUGCGACUGAACCAAAAGCUGGAGCCCGCGCAGGAGAAGCGUGAGAAGACUGAGAAAGCCCUUGAAGCCGAGAAGGAGAAUCCCAACAAGGGCGAGAAGGAUGCCUUAAACAUUGAUGAAGACAUGGGGCGCCAAACCAGUGAUACCAGUCAAGUCACUACCGCCAGCGGCGGCAGCAACGGCAGUACCACUGGCUCGUUAAGCGGCAACGAUGGAAGUACGACCGGCACCUUCUCUACCACCACAAGGCGAGCCCGUGCUCGUGGGAAGCGUGGAGGAGUUGCAGGACAGGCCAAGCCGGCUCAGGCUCAAGACAGUUCCUCGAGCACACAAGUCGUGCAAGGCCCAGAUGGUCCCAUGCCUAUGAAGGUUCUCCUCAACAGGACUCUGGUCACUGCGACAGGAGAGCCUAUGCCCUCUGCCCCGGCUCCAGAGCCAGAACCAUCGGCUGCAUUGGCGGCGGCGACAUCACUGACCGCCACCUCCCUGUCCAUGCUCAACAACAAUGGCGCGUACGACCCGUUACUGGAGGUUGAGCUGCGGAAGCUGCGCGCGUCCGUGAAUGCCUUGGCCAUGCAGUGCAACCACAUCAACCAGCAGAUCAAUGCAGAGGCACUGGUCAGUCAAGCUGCCCUCCGGCAACAGCUACUCCACCAGCAGCUUGCUCAGGCACGCCAAGCUGAGACGUCGCAGGUUCCAUGGGUGCCCCGGGCUGGCGCCACAGGUAUGGCAGCUCUUGCGAACAUCAAUGGGCUUCUGUGCCCGCCCCACCUCUGAGCGGGGUGAACUGCUUUUGCAAAGUCUCGUCGUCCCUCCACCGAAAGACCUGGGGUGGUCGAGUGGUCUGUCAGCUGUGUCCAAACUCAUGAGGUGCUUUUCGUGGUUUGUUGCUUGUUUGCUGACAGAAUGAACGCGUGCUGCGGUGCUGUGGCAUACCAUGUCACAGCGAUAGACAGAAAGCUUCAAUUCGAUCAGGGGAUAGUUGGUGGAUGUGAAGAAAAGG